AUGUACACAGCUCCUGGGAGCCAUGAAGAACAGAAUGUUACAAGUGCUCCUUCUAACCCUGGAAAACAGACAAGUACAGAGAACAGACUGUCAACCUAUAACCUCACAAGUCAUUGCAAGGAGCCUGUGCCCUGGAAACAUGCUAAUGAAAAAAAGAGUUAUCAGUUUGUGGUGGGACAGACACUUCAAUACCAAUGUCUUGAAACAGUUAAAUAUGGGGGUACUGCUGAGAGUACCUGCAUGUUAAUCCAUGGGAAACCAGCAUGGACUAAACCCCAUCUAAAAUGCACCAAUGACAACUCCAAUUUAUAUUGUAUCUCCUUGGCAGUUGCUGCUUGUGUCUUCCUGAUUAACCUUAUAAUCUUUCUGGUCUGGAUCAUCUGGAGGAAAAGAUGGAGGAGGAGAAGACAACAUGACAAAGAAAAAAACAAAAAUAGAGAAGUAAGAAGCUAUGGCAAGAACCAAGUGGCUGACCAUCCUAUAGGACUCUUGUCUGCUUAGUGUGCCCUGACACCCCAAGAAGCAAUCACAGAAGCUAACUGUCCACCUAUAGUUGGCAGCAACUCUUCCAUAAGUAUUCGUUAAUUUGAUCCCCUGGAUUAAAAAGAUAGACACAGCACCAAAGUUACAUCAAAAACAAAGAUCAGCACCCCUCCAGAUUGCUUUACAGAAUAAAUUUUGUGCUGCCCUAUUAGCAUUGAAGCACAGUCCUUCCCCUGAUCCAUCUGUUAUGGCAAGCUGGUAUGGUAACAUGGCCCAGUAGAGAGAAAGAAAAAAUUAAGAGUUCUUUGCUAAGUUAAAAAUAGUAACUUGCUUUUUAGUGUCAUAUUAUCCUCUGGUUUCAUUCAUUCAUUCAUAUAUUUAUUCACUCAACAAAAUGUGUAUUAACCAAUGGCUAUAUAUAGAGCAUUGUGCUAAGCCUUUAUGAGGUCAAAGAUAAAAAAAGACCCACUCUCUGCCUUAAAAGAGAUUUGCAUCUGGUUUGGGGGUAAGAGACAAGACUCCCAGGUGCACACACACACAAAUACACACACCAAAUGUAACACAUAGUAAAAAUUCUCCCAUUUCAUUCUCAAGGGGAUCCAAUAAUUGUUAACAAAUGUGACCUAAAUUCUCAGACUUAGGAGCUAAUGAGAGGAAAAUGACCAUUUUUAAAUCACCUGGCUGCCUAGAUUUCCUUUUUUAACUCCUAAUGCCUCAUCUCUAGCCUAUCCUUGAAAUUUAUAGCACAACUCCAUCAUCUUCCUUCUCAUCUCCAGUAUUUGAGCAUGUCCUUCAUUUUGGUCCCAUAACAAGAUCCCUUUGUGCCCUUUUCUUGACCUUUUUUAAUAUAUCUAAAUAUAUUGCUUAUAAAUAUCUAUAUCUCAGAACUGGAGGAGACAAUGAAGAGAGGGGAAGUAAUUUGCUCAAGGUUACAUAAUUUUUUUAAAAAGCAAAACUAGAACUAUAGCUCCUACCCUAUUGUAUAACCCUACUGCCACCAAUUGGUGGAUGUCAAAUCUGAAACUUUAAAUUAUUGAAUGAAAAGGGAAGUAUUGCUUAGCUACAAAAUACUCUAGCUUAUUUUUAUGAGUGAAGAUUUGCUAUCUAAUAAAUAUGGUGAUCUUCAAAACUACCAAGAGUGUAAAUAAAAGGUUUUGGGAACUGCCUUAUUUUUGCCCCAACUUCCUAAUACAGAAUGACACAACCAAAGAAAACCUCAACCCAAAUAUAAGUGAUGCCUGCCUUUUAGUCCAAUUCACCCCACCCCUUGAUCUACCCCGGUUUCUCCAAACUCUUUGAGUAAAUAUUAUUUCUUUCUUUUAAUCCCCAAUACAUGGAACACUGAAUUGGGCUUAAGAGGCAUUUUUUAAUGUUUGAUUAUUAACCAAUUGUGGUAAACACACACUAAAUGCUGCAGACAAGUGACUUUUCAGUAUACAGUUCCUUUUUGUGCUUGAUUCUACCUAGUCUUUAAUGGAAACGGCUACUCAGAUUAUAAGCUCCUAGAAGUCAAGGGGCAUAGCUUUAUAACUUUACAUAGCAUCUACAUCCAUUUGGGCACUAUGAUUACAGUCAUAGAAGUUUAGGGCUCAAAGGAUCUUAAAUAAUUAUCACUGGAAGUAGACUAUAACUCACUACACCAAAAUAUCUGUUAUCGCAUUGAUUUUAGUGUUCCCUCUAAUGAUAAAGCUCUCAACCCCUUCAUGCUAUUUCAUCUUAUCUGACUCCCCUAAAUUUGCUAUACAAGGUCUACUCAACAUGGCAGAGGCCUUCUGACAUGCCAAAGACAAUCUGUGAAACCCUCAGGCUGUUUGCUCAUAAUACUUUACACUCAGCAGGUGACUAAAUGUAAUUAGUGACCUAUAAACAUAAAUUAAGUCAAUGAAUUGGUUAAUUGUACCUCUCUGUCCUUAAUUCGCUAUUUCACGAUGUUUGAUAAGACUGAUAUUGACUAAUAUAGAAAACCCCUUAGAAAUGUGUGAGUUGGAGUUCCUUUUGUCUUAAUAUUUCCAAGCAUAAUUACUUAUUUUAAAUAAAAUUGUCUGUGUGGAGCUACUAGUCCACAAGAUAAAUAAAAAUAUAACUAAUUUUUUUAGUCUCACAAGUCCUCUAUUCAAACUAAAUCAAUGCUUUUUUGGUAUGGGCAUCAAGUAUUACCCUUGCUUUAUUUACUUAGCUAAAACAAAUAAAUUAUCCUUUAUAAUACAGAAUGCCACAGUGCUUACUCUGUUCCAACUAUCUGAAAGCCAGAGAUGUUACAUUGCA